UUAAACCCAUUAUUGGAUGAUAUGAGUGACAAUGAAAUUAUCAAUGAGGGCCUUCAGAGGAAACGGAAACUCAACUUGCUUGAUUUUAUAAAGAAUGAUGGUCAUGAACAGCUCGAACAAGAAAACCCAAACAAAUUUGAGCCAAUGAAUUUCCAACGACCAACUACUGGACUUGGUGGUCCAAAACCCAGAGAUGAUUAUGAUGAUUAUGAAGGAGGAGAGGAUGUUGAAAUGGAAGAUUACGACAGUGAUAUACGACCUUCUUUUGGAGUCGGUAAGAAUCACAAUAUGUUGUUUACUCAAUCUACACCAAUGAUGUUUCAAAAAGCCAGUGAUACUAAAGAUGAAGAUAUAAUACCCCAGGAGCAACCCAAAGAGGAAGUGAAACCCAAACUAUCAUACUCAGAUGUUGAAGCAUUGGAAAAUAAACCAACAUCGGUUACUAAGAAUACAUUUAAAGGAAAAAAAUACGGUAUUGGUGCCGCAUUAUUGAAGAAAAUGGGCUACAUUGAAGGACAGGGUCUUGGUAAACAUGGUCAAGGUAUCACUCAACCUAUCGAGCAAGAUGUGAGGAAGGUCGGUGUAGGUAUCGGUGGUGGUGUUGUGAAAUCAACUAAAAAAGCAAAGGGGAAAAUAGAUGUUGAUCUCUCAGAAGAUGAUGAUUCAAGUGAUGAAGAGUACUAUAAGGAUGUUUCCAAGAAAUCAUUAUAUCAAAUUAUUGUCGAGCUUGAGGAUAAAGGUAUAUCUGUUCCUGCUGAGAUCAAAAAAAUAAGUGAUGUCAAUGUCCAGGACUCUCAUAAACCGUUCAUUAUGUUGAAGAAGGCAGGUAAUAAUAAUCUACAAGAAUUAACCAAUACAUUGGAUAACUUGAAUAAUGAUCUUGAAGAAUCAAUGGCUUCAUUGAAAAUGGCGGAGUACGAAGAAAAAGAAUUAUCAGA